AUGGCUACUGAAACACAAGACACAAACGUAUCUGCCACUCAGAAGACCAUAGCCAGUGCAGCCAAUCUUGCUAACCUUCUACCUACCGGUACCGUCCUCGCAUUUGAGACCCUCAUUCCUAGUUUCUCUAACAACGGAGCAUGCCAUCCUGCCAACAAGGGCCUUUCCUCAUCAGUCAUUUUGAUCUGUGCCCUCAUUUGCUUCUUUUCCUCCUUCACUGAUAGCUUCAUUGAUAGUACCGAUGGAAAAUUCUAUUACGGGAUCGCAACUAGGUCAGGCAUACGCAUCUUAAAUCCUAGGAAAAAAGAGAUGAGUUCUGAUGAAAGAAAGCGCUUGGAGAAGUAUAAGAUAACGGGUACAGAUUAUUUUCAUGCCUUUUUGGCACUAACUGUGUUCUUGAUAUAUUCUCUUACCGACCUCAAUGUGAAAAAUUGUUUCUUUCCUAAUGCGGGAGAUGAUCUCAAUGAAAUCAUCAUCAACUUACCCCUAGGAGCUGGGAUUUUCGCAUGCUUCUUGUUCACAAUUUUUCCUACUACUCGAAGAGGGAUAGGAUACACGCAGCAGCGGCCGAGUAAGGACACAGAUGACGGCAACCAGACCUUGACCACCACGACUGCAUCGAAGGGAUCAGAAGUGGAAUUGGUGGGUGUGGCCGUAGAAGGAGGAGCUCAUCAGCCUCAAGCCUCCACUUCUACCUAG